AUGCAGAAGCAAUCCGAGAAAACACUAUCUAAAGUUGAAGUUCCACUGAUCACUACUAAUCAACCAAAAGCACGAGAAGAGUUUAGAGAUAGAUCAACAACAUUAAAAUGUCCAUCAUGUGGGAAAGAUAUAUCUACACAAUUAGAAUAUCAUAAUGGUUUAUUAACUUAUGCAGCUUGUAUCGGUAUAUUCGUUCUUGGAGGGGCUUGUGGUUGUUGUUUAAUACCAUUCUGUGUGAAAGCGUGUAAAGAUGUGGAUCAUAAAUGCCCAAGUUGUCACAGAUACAUUGGAUCUUAUCGUAGACUAGGAGAUUGA